AUGACAUCCACUCGAUUUCUCACGCUGCUACUUGUGCUUGCGAGUUUUGUAUUCUGUUUGCCUUACCCUUCUCGUCACGACAUCUGGUGGAAUGAUACCCAGAGCACCUUUGAUUAUGUUGUUGUUGGAUGUGGUAUCUCUGGCUUGGUCGUGGCAACAAGGUUGAGUGAAGACCCUGGCAUUUCUGUCCUCUGUAUCGAGGCUGGCUCACUGGAUCAUGGCGAGAAUAUGAUCAACAUUCCAGCGUUUAUCGGCGAACAACCACCAGACUUUUACGUUUACAAUCUCUUGACUCUCCCACAAACACAGCUAGACAAUCGUACCCACGUCCUACCCAUGGGCAGAGGUGUUGGAGGAGGCAGUCUCGUCAAUGGCAUGAUCUGGAACCGUGGCAAUCAAGAGGAUUUCAAUCUCUGGGCUUCUCUCGGCAAUCCAGGAUGGGAUUGGAACAGUCUGCUUCCCUACUUUACGAAAUCCGAAACGUACACUCCGCGUGCCUACGCCGAUGUUAACCGCCAGCCUGUGACUUUUGAUCCGGCUGUCCACGGCUCCUCUGGGCCCGUCCAGGUUAGCUAUCCGGCCUUUUACUGGCCGCAAACAGACAAUUGGUUUGCUGCUCUCGACACUCUUGAGAUUCCGUCGCCCAUCGAUCCCAAUGAGGGCACCUCCGCUGGGAGCUACUUCCUCCCCUCGUCCAUGGACCCGGCCAGCCAGACUCGCUCCGACGCCCGUCGUGCGUACCACGACAAGGCCGCCAACCGAUCCAACUACCACGUCCUGACCAAUGCGCAAGUAGGGCGCAUCUUGUUCAGGCGUGGCGUGGUCCCACAGGCCAUUGGCGUCAGGACCCUCGAUGGACGCCGUUUCUUGGCCCGCCGUGAGGUCAUUCUGGCCGCGGGAGCCAUCCAUACACCACAAGUGCUCGAGCUCUCGGGUGUCGGCGACGGCCAGCUGUUGUCUUCUCUCAACAUCUCUGUCGUGGUGGAUCUCGCCGGCGUGGGUAAUAACCUCCAAGACCACGCUCUUCUCAGGGUGACGUACCCUUAUCAGAAUCCGGCAUAUCCAAACCCUCAAUGGCUCCUCACGAAUUCCACGUUCAACUCUACGUCCGCACAAGAGUACUUUUCCUCUCACACUGGACCUUGGACAGCGAAGCCCAGUACGGCGAUUGCGUUUCCGUCUCUGGCUCAGAUCACGAACAACACGUAUGCCCGCAGCCUCAUUCUCUCAGCCACACAAGAUUCUCAAGGGUACUAUUCGUCGCCACGUGUGCUUCCCAGUAACAAGACCAACAGACCAUUCCUCCAGGCAGGAUACCAAGCUCAGUACCCCUUGAUCCUGCAGAAUCUCAUGUCAGAAUCGACACCAGCAUACGAAAUCCUGAAUGACAACUCUGGCGGUCUCGACAUAGCUCUCAUGCGUCCACUGUCAAGAGGGACCACGCACAUCACAUGUCAGGACGCGACCGUAGAUCCGGCGAUAAACCCAAACUGGCUCUGCCACCCGCUCGACUUUGAGAUCAUGCUCGCGGCGAUGGAAUUCAAUCAACGCAUCCUCGACACCGACGCCGUACAAACCCUAGAGCCGUCUUACGGUCAAGUCCCCGCGAACGCGACCAGACCUGAAUUGGAAGGGAUUGUACGACAAGGGAUCAAUACAGAGUACCACUACUCCGGCACGUGUGCGAUGAUGCCUCGCGGGCUGGGUGGAGUGGUCGACGCCGAUCUCAACGUGUACGGCACCAAAGGAUUGAGGAUCGUCGACACGAGUGUGUACCCCGUCGUGCCGGGGGCUCAUCUGCAGAGUGUGGCGUACGCGGUCGGGGAGCGUGCGGCGGACAUCAUUCGAGGAAGGAUAGUGAUGGUCGUUACACCUGUUGGUAUUGGUACAGACGCGGGUCCCGUGUGAGUUGUGUCGGAGAGAAACAACAUACACCCACAAACUACGACAACAAUACCAAGAUUCUUGCUUAACUUGAUUGGAGACGCAAAUGGGGCCACUAGGAUAGCAGUGCUUCUGCGUCAUGACGGGUUCAAAUUGGAAAAGAAGACCUCAGGAUAUGAUAGGAGGGUCUUGAUGGGAGCUUUGAGGAGGACAAUGGGAUGGAAAUCCUCGUCUCCGGGACUUGAAGGUUGUUGGAUGGGAAGUAAACAGUCUGGGGGAGGAGCUAGCUAGUAAACCAACUAAUAGGGUGAGAGAACAGCACUGGUGAGGGAUCGUUGCUUUGGUUUGGUUUAAUGACGAUCCAAAUGACUCAAUCACCAAC